CCUUGAGUAUUCCAGAAACAUGCCGUAUGCUAUUUUUGAACUGUCUGUCCCGGAUCGACAAUUAGGCACCCGUAUUCUCGUGUCACCCACAAACGAGGGAUUCAGAUAGAGAUUCUUAGGUUCCCAAAAACACACGAACCAACCUUAUUUCGAGGUCAAGACAGUCCAGCCGGUUCAAUCGGUCCAGGGUCGAAAUGUUGUUACCUUCGCUUGUUGGUGCGCUUCCAGAGUCUGAUCGACGACAAGGGAAUCUGAAGCUUCGAGAACAAGAAAGGGGUCUCCGGGCACGCCGGGUUCCAAGGGCCGUCAGAAGAGACAUGGCAAAGCAUGAAUGAAUGAUCGUCCAAGACGCACCGGCCACAGUGGAAAGCUGGUGGACGAAGGUUUAGUGGGUGGGGUCGCCAGCGGCCUGUCAAGAGUAGGAACCUAGCAGGGGAAGCGACGUGUGCCAGAGCAACUAGGAAGGUGAGAAGUGUUCCAUUUAGUACCGUGACCGUAGGUAGCCUGUGAAUAUCACUUUCUUCAGUAUUCAAUACUAUUACCUAUCCCUAUUCAAAUCACCUAUACUCAAGAUGCACCCUAUCUCGUCCCCUGCAUUGCCCGCUCUCCAUCUUCAGGUGGUUGCUGGGCAGUGGUGAGCUUCCUUCUUCUGAAACACCCCUCCAGGAGCCAGAAGAGCCAAUCGCAACUCGGACCAUCUUCCGCCCACUCGCCCACUCGACAUGGAGACAAGCUUUCUGUCCACCAUUACUUCAGACUACUGUCAUGAAUGGAUAUCACCACAACCUGUACUGGUUCGACAAACUUGUGUUUGGUUUCUGAUGUUGUUUCGACGAGGGUAGUCCUAAUCUUGUUGGUGAUACUGCUCAAGCAAACAUGAAGAGAAUAGCUCGCAGCACUUUGAGCACUCUUCCCAUCUUCUGAAAUGGUGUGACGAAUACCGAGUGGUGUCGUUACCCAGCAGUAGAAAAAAGAAACCGACACUGAUAACUCUACUGAGGGUUCGUCAACAUCAACACCCAUACCUUCUCCUCCACCAGUUCAAGAUAGGGUUACAUCGUCCCAAACAUGACGUUUCGGGUAUCGUGUGGCUGCAGAAGGUUGCUAAAUUAGCCGCGACAACGGCUCCGUUUUCGAUCCAGCGCUGCUGAACCCUGUCCUUCCUCUGGUGCCGUUAGCCUCGGUGGGUUUCUGGCAACCCCUUUCUCGCCUUUAGCUUCUUUGUUGUUCUCUAGCACCGUUGCAAUUGGAUCGACCGCCUAUGCCCGUGGACAGCUCUCAGUCUUGUGAACUGAUGAAUCCGGUUACAAGAAGAGACCCGAGAAACCGUGCCUGGAUUCAUUCGAGUCUUCCACUCUCCUGGCAAACAUGGCUUCCCAAGACGUUUCACGCCCCAUCUCGGAGUCUCAGCUUGUCGAUCCUGGAAAAAGUGCUGCGCCACACCGAAUCCUGAGAUGGCAGUCUCCAUCAAGGGCAUGCGGAUACGGGCCAUGUGCUUUUUAGAGCCUCCGAGUCUGUCUCAACCCCAUGUGUCUUUUUGUGCUUCUGUGAAAGCGAGACCAAACAAGAUGCUUCUGCGAUGUUGAAAACGGUCGGCAUAUGGGAUGUAGCCAAGACUUUGGGUGACCAGGGAUCUGGAUGACUGAGAAGGCUCCGCGGCAUGUUGCAUCCGCACCAAGCACUCCACAAGGAUGGCCACAUCAGGGACCAUGGUCCAUGGCCCUGUACAUUCAUCACAGAAAGACAGGAGCCACAAAGUCUGGUAGCUACCUGCUGGCCAAGCACGUACACACCCCCUCGGGGGAUAUCUGCGAGCCCGGUCCCAUCCACAGGACCACACCACCACGACCACCAUUACACUACACCACUGCGUCUAGUGUGGGGAACCCUAAACGUCGACUAACACCUUCUUCAAUGCAAAGGGAGCGCAAGGGCAUGGGAGCGGCGCUGCAGACGGAAACUCUGUGCAAAACCCUUGCCGUCCUGACCCUCCGACCGUGCAACGGUCUGUCAUCUGCCCGUUCCUGAGAGCUUCGGCCAGCCUGCGUCGUGCUGCCCGCCCCGGAUCUCUGAUCCAUGGCUGCUUGGUUGAUCCCAGUCGGGCACAGAACAUCACCUUUGGCACCCCAGCAAGACAUUUGGCGGCCCUCAAGGUCUUCCCGGUCGCUGUCCCCGGAUGUACCCUACCACGCACUCAAACACGUACUGUCCUUGGACUGUGUGUCUUCGACUCAUGCACCCAAGUGCCAGCCUUAUCCCCUCACUGAUCCCCAUUCCUCUUUUUGGCUCGAGGUGUCCUGCCGAAGGAAUCGUCUCAACUUGUUCUUGUUGUUUCCUUUUGCUCAACCAAGCUGUUGCGACCAGCUCCUUCCUUCCCUUUUCUCCCUCUUGUCUCGGCAACCACUGGUGCCAUCCAACACCCGGCAUCACCACUUCGACAUUAUACGGUCCGUCUGAUCUUGGUCGACCUCUGUCUUGAGACGCGGCGACAUCUCUGGUGCUGUUCUCUUGACGCUCGUCUGUUCGCUUGGCUUCGUAUCGUGAUCGAGCUGGACGACAGACGGCCGCCGGUUGGCUCUUCGGGUUUCUUGGAGCGGGUUCUUCUUGAGCUAUUUUCUUGUGUCCCCCUGUUUACCAAGUCAGUGUCAGCUCGCGAAGUUGCUAUAUUUUGUUUCGAUCCACUCAUACCUGUUACAGAUUUCUUGGAGGGGCUGUUGGUUGCCAAAUGUUUCCCCCCCCCCCCUCCUUGUCAACCCUGAGCUAGCUACCCGACUUCCAUUCUUCUCCAGUGCCUGGAUCCAAGGUGUUUCGGGUCCCAUCAAACUGUCUGUGGGACUGUCAGUGCGAGUCUCAAACGUCGAUCCCUUCGAUAAGCUUGUCCGCGCCCGCGGCGUGGGGCAGGUAUUCGCUUGUGCCGAGCCGUCUGGAGAACAUAAGGUGGAGGACCACCCGUUUAGCUCGCCUGGCUGUUGGUUCCGAACCUUCUUCGCCCUAUAGAUCACCACAUCGGAAGCAAGUCUUUACUGUGGUGACAGUUUCGUAUCGACGAGGACGACAGCGGUGGCGAGAACAAGAGCGAGCGCGGCAACACAACCUGACGGGGUUAAGAAAAACGACGCAACAUCAGCAACAGUCGUGUAUCCUUGCCUUAUUAUUGAGCACGAUCGGUUGAGUCCUGCCUUUGUCUGGGACUCGAUCAAUCAUCCACAGGUUGGCGUGUCGGUAAAGGAAACAGGCCCAAAGGAAACUGCCAGGGAAGGCCAUCAAAGCGGGACUCUCGACAUCGAAACGCAGGUCUUUGGACGACUUCAAGCUGAAGUCAGUUAUCUUGGUGGAAUUUUGAAACGUCAUUUGGGAAAGGGUGGUUUCAUUGUUUGGUUACGUGACGGACCUGGGGAUCACGCUCGACAACUGUGCCCGACGAUAUCGGAGCCGAAAUAGCCGGUGAUCUUGCGGACGAUUACUGAGCCGAGGGGAUCGAGUGGCAUUUUGCAGAGUCAGCCGAGGGCAGGACCACGCACCAACCGUCAAGGUUCCAGUUGUUACUCAGAGGUCUCGUUCGUUUUCGGAACACGCUAGCUCGCUAUCUUGAACUGAAGGUCACACAGGGCGGAGACCUGAGCUUAGACGGAGCUUCCAUCUUGUCCCUGAGAGAUUAGGGAGGGCCAGCUAGUUGGUCGAACGAAGCAUUGGGGCGUGUCGGGUGAACAGGGUUUCCUCGAAUGGCUGCCUGAGGCCCGUCUCAGCCAUCUACAAAAUGGACGUCACAUCGCUAUUGAACGUAUCGUGUGGGGUAGGAGGAAGACUACAAGGAGGAAUCCAGGGAGGUCUUCCAGUUGGGCUACAAGGAGGGUUUGAAGGAGCGCUUCACGGAACACAGCAAGGAGAAACGCACCGUAGGGACUCUAUCGACAGUUCAACCCCUUCUGCCACGGGAGAGACCACGGCAACCUCUACGGCAGUUCCCAACACUCCGUCACCACCCGGCAGCAGAGCAACUUCGCAAAGAAGUGGGUCCGACUCUCCCAACGAGAGCAUGGCCGUUACCAAUCACAGGAAUCGCACGCCGUGGGACGCUGGAGGCUAUUCAUUACCAUUGUCUUUGAGUAUUGAUCCCAAGUCUAUCCCAACUAGUGGUGAAUGCCCAAGGCCCGCCUGUCAGUCACCACCUGCCAGCCCCAGCUCCCCAGGCCAUAAAUUCUCUCUGUCGAGGAGUUCCCUUUCCUCCUUCACCUCUGCCACAACCACAGCUUCGGACUUUUCCCGUACUUCAUCACUUUUCUCCAGGCAUCCGAACAAAUCAGAUUCUUGGUCAUCGGCCCAGUAUCAAUUUCAUCAACCACCUGAUCUUCGAACAAGUCCCAGUCAUCGGAACCUGGACAUGGCGACCGAACAGGUUGACCUCACCAACAUUGACGAGGACGAAGAUGUUCAGACUUCGCCUCGUGUCAAGCUCGAGAAUCACAGCGACAAUUACCGCUCCGCUGCUAUUGGUUUCAAUGGCAACAAUAGCAACACAACCCGCGGUCACAAUCAGGUAUUGCCCCUUCGAGCUCAGUCACCCAGCGACGUUAUCAUCCCCCGUCGCGGGCAGUCAAACUCAAACGUGAGCUUGAAUAGCGCUCACGAUCUUCUUUCCUACCAAAACAAUGAAGACACAGUCAUUCCCCACCGGCGAGUGGCAUCCGAACCUAAUCUGCCCGUCGGGCCUCCUGGCACCGUCGGCCGGUUCUGGAUCGGACCAGAUUUAUACAACUACCUCGUCCCUGACGUUUGCCAGGAUCAUACCGAGUGUGUUCGGAUGCUCGACAUUGACAAGCCUCCUGAAUGCUCCGUCAUGACGCCCUGCACACUCCCUGACGCCAAGAUUAACAUGCGCAAGUCCAUGUCCCAUAUUUUUGGCAGAAACAAAUCAUGCACCCGUGCCGUUCCUGACCAUGUCUGGCUGAUGGUGUGCCGCAAGCACUAUCAACGAGCGAGAUAUCGAUCUGACAUGAACUACCAAUCAACCUUACUUCAAAGGAUUAUCAUCCAGGUUGUGCGUAUUCAGGUCUGGAGUAACGACAAUGAGAGGAGCGGCAAGGACGGCAUCUUGAAGGAUUGGACGGUUGCUGUCAGGCGCCGCGAGGCGAAACGGAUUGAUGACGCCGACAAGGGGAAAAGAAAGGGGUCCAAGAAGCGCACCCGGGCCGAUGCCGAGGCGGAGGAAGAUGAGAUGGAUGACGCCGAUGAGCCUGAUCUUGAUGCGGCUAUCCACCAGGCAUCCUCGGUGCCUGUCCCUGAUUGGUAUCAGGGCUUGUGUCGUGGUGGCUACAGCACACUUGAAGUCCUUGACAUUCUCCGACGCAUUGACAAUGACAUGGACGCCGGCCUUCUUUCUGCUGUCCCGGAUAUUGAGCUUCUCCCAAACAUUGAAGGCGCUCACACAGCGAAGAAGACAAAGGCCAAGACAAGCUCGGUUCACAGACGCACACAGUCCAGUGGUGCCGCGUUAAGGACCUCUGCUCCCCGAGCUGCGGCAGCUCCUCGUAGAGCUAGCCAACCCAGCACCAUUUCGCCUGAGCACGACUUUUCCAGGCCACCUCGGUCUGAAUUCACAUUCGAACGAAAUCCCAACCCUACUUAUCCCCCAGUACCCAGGGACACAGACGUGACGGCACGCACUUACGAUAGCCCGCGCACCCUGAAACCAACGUUGUCUCAAAGCACUACUCAGUAUGACUCUCGCACCGGCACUUCCAACCAAGCAUCUCUGCCGACAUACAAUACGCAGCGAUAUGAUGCUCAGACCAACCGGACAGUUCCUCAAUACGGCAGUGCUUCCAAUUACGAUCGAAACGGCAUCUAUGAAUUGGACUUUGGCCGCCGCUCUGGGCACCAGCGAUCUGUUUCAGAUGCUAGCUUCAACCAGUGGGCCACUCCAACCUUCUCCCAGGGGUAUUCAACUCCUGCUUACCCAGUCGCAACAUCCAACUACCCUGCUGCGUCUGGUUAUCCUAGCAACAGCUUCUCGGGCUACCAACCCGCUCCUGCUCCGAUGAAUAACUUUACAUCCAGCGGGUCUGACUUUCGCGCUUCCAACAAUGGGUACCGUGCAAAUGAUUACAGCAGCUAUAGCUACAAUCAACGAAACCAGCACUCCAACCCCGGCUCGGCCUUCCACGGUUCCAACAUUAAGCAUGUUCGCAACCACAGCAGUCCGGUGUAUGGCACCACGGGGUACACAUCCUCGGGCGUGAACCAAACGGUCCCGGCUUCAGCCCCAGCUCCGGCCCCGACGUAUGGCUAUGAGCCUCGCUGGUCGGGUUACCAAACGCCCACUAUCCCAGCCAUGUCUGGUGUAAACGUGCUGCCCGAUCCCCGCCGUGCGUCCGUGAACAUUUUGGGCAGUCCGUUUGGUUCAUCCCAGCUGGCUCCGGCUCCUGCUCGCCGCGCGAGCAUGGUUACAUCACAGCAUGGCAGUCAGGAUGGAGAGGCUUAUGCUGUCCCUGGUUCCGCCCCUGGAUCCGCUGGUUCACACCAGUGAUGAUCCACGCCUCCAACAUCCGAGUUUAUUCCAUCAUGCUUAGUGCGGCAGUAUCGUCAUACAAAGCAUAGUCACAAGCACCAACACUAUCUGGGGUUUCGUGAAGUGCCAGUACCCUGCGUGCCGGCUCGCAAAGAAUUACUGGCAUUUUCGCGCAUCUUCCCUUCAUCACAUUGCCUUGUCUUUUUAUUUCAUUUCACGGCGACGGUUUUGGUAUCGGUAUUUCUCGGUUAUUUCUUUUUUCCCUCACUCUCAAUUAUACCCGCCAUGCCUUUCUCUAUCUUUCUUUUCUCGGUCUUUUCAAUCGGCUCGCUACAUCUCGUUCAUCGUUUUCCAGUCUUUUCCAGUUCAGUUUGUCUUUCAGCGCGCUCAUAAAAAGUUCGGCAAACAUGGUAUAGGGAUCACAGAACUGGAAGGUGACGGGUCGGAGUUCAACUGAGGAGGUUUAUAGCUUUUAUGGGAUGGGCUGUUGUGUUUGAUACAAACACACGGGACGAAUAGUAGAGACGGGUAGGGACAGGGAGAGAAGAUUACGUUAAUGAGGUCGGUCAUUUGCUUUUGGGAUGGGAUAGGUGGUCAGGGGGUCUUGUCUUUUCCGAAAUGGGACUGUGAGGAUGGCAGUAGUCCAGAGAAACAAGAUGAAAAGGGAGGAGGUUCGUGUAAUAUAUGUUAAAGAGAUAUCCUUGUUUUUCUUUUGUGUGAUUUUGGUGGGUGGAGAUGUGAGAUAUGUGACAAUUUGAACUGAAGUGUUGAUUCCGGU